AUGGCCAGCAGCACGUACGGGCGGCUGUGGCAGGAGGCGCGGGCGGCGCUGGCGGAGCUGCUGGAGCAGGAGGCGCCGGCGGGCGGGGCGGCCCGGGCGCAGGAGCGGAGCGCGGCGCUCUUCUUCCACACGCUGGCCACCCUCUUCGUGCGCUACGUGCAGAUCGCCCGCCGCCUCGAGGCCUGCUACGACCAGGCGGUCCAGCCCCAGAAGCGGCCCAUCCUGCGCCGCCUCCUCGACGGCGUGCUCGGCCGCCUCCUGGAGCUCAAGCAGCAGCUGGUCGACCUCCAGCUCUCCGAGUACCACUACCUGGACCACGUCCUCCAGGAGCUCGGCCUCACCCCGGCCGACCUGGAGGUGCCCAUCCCGCGCUACUUCCUGAGCGAGCGUGCCAAAGCGCUGCAGGAGCGCCAGGAGGUGUUGGCCGAGAUCCUGGCCCGGGUGGCGCCUAGCAAGUCCGCCGCGGCGCCGCGGCCGUCGAUGCCGCGGGAGGAGGCGGUGCGGCUGGUGCAGAUGGCCGAGCGGAUGCGGCAGGGGCGGCUGCGGGCCCGCUUCAUGCGGGAGAUCCGGCGGGACGAGGAGCGCGAGAGGAAGGCGCGCGAGAGCGGCCUGGAGGAGCCCAACCGGGGCCAGGCUGCUGUCUGCAUCCAAAAGGUCUGGAAGGGGUGCCUGCAGCGCCGCUUCACCCAGCUCGCGCGGCAGCAGGAGAUGGUCUUCAUCGGCAUGGCACUGGAGCCGCAUCUGACCGGGGCCUCGGCCGCAGCCAUCCGGGCGCAGCUCGGCGAAGAGAUCCGGCGCAUGCGCCAGGCCGACUACGAGUCCGAAUACCGGGAGGCCCUGGACAGUACCCGUGACGCCGUCUACGAGGUGGAGGGACCCAGCAUGCGGGAGGAGAUGAAGGCGCAGCUCCGCCAGUGGUUCAUCGAGUGCCAUGACCUGACCGGCCGCUUCCCAGACUUCCCGGAGGAGGCCAUUGGUGGCUCCCGCGUCCUCUUUGCCCAAAAGACCCCGGAAGAGGUGAAGGCGGAGCUGGACCUGGCAGAGAUCAAGGUGGACAAGAAGAAGAAGGAGAAGGAGGAGAAGGGGAAGGAGGUGGAGAAGAAGAAGAAGGGGAAGGAGAAGAAAGCGGUGAGAGACGAAGAGGAAGGACUCAAGCUCUUGCCCUCCAAGUUUCUGCCCACAAUUGACCACGGCUUCCAGGAGUAUACGGCUCUCUGGAGCAGCCAAGAUGAGGUGGUCAACUUUGAGCAGCACUACGAAGCAGAGCUCAUCCGGGCUGAGAAGCAGAAGGAGGUGGAGGCAGAGAUCCGGCUGCAGGUGGAUGAGUUGAUGCGCGAGGAGCUUCAGCAGCUGAGGCUGGCUGUUGACCUGGAAGAAGGCAAGGCUGGCAAGCCGCCCCGGGCCAAGAAGAGUGCCAAGAAGAAAGGGAAGAAAGGCAAAAAGGAGAAGGAUCUGACACCGGACAGGAGCAUUGACUCUCUCUACGAAGAGCUGGUCCUGCAGGGCAUCAUCACAAAGCCCCCCAAAGUGCCCCUCUCAGGCUACUCCGGAGACUUCUGCUACUUGGGAACCACAUUGCGGCAGGCAGAAACUGAGCCAAUACCUUCGAUGCUAGAUGUGCGCCAGAACAUCACACUGUAUGCCAUUUUGCGUCUCGGCUCUCCAACUGUGCAUGAGUUGGCACCCCUGGUGAAGUCCGUCCUUCUCGUGGGUCCGCCGGGGACAGGGAAGAAGAUGCUGGUUCAUGCUGUGUGCACAGAGACGGGGGCCAAUCUUUUUGACCUCUCCCCAGACAACCUGGCCAGGAAGUAUCCCGGCAAGAGUGGCCUCCAGAUGCUGCUCCAUCUGGUGUUCAAGGUGGCCCGGGCCUUGCAGCCUUCUGUCCUCUGGGUGGGGAAUGCUGAGAAGACUUUUUACAAGAAGGUCCCUAAAGAGGAGAAGGAGCUGGACCCCAAGCGCCUGAAGAAGGACCUGCCCAAGGCCCUGAGUCUGCUGACAGCCGCUGACCGGGUGCUGCUCCUGGGGACCUCCAGCAGGCCCUACCUGGCGGACGCCAAGGGGCUGUGCAAGGCCUACGAGAGGAUCCUGCUCAUCCCCCGGCCGGACUACGCCUCCCGCUACGUGAUCUGGCAGCAGCUCAUCGAGAAGCACGGGGGUGCCCUGGCCAGCUCCCUGGACCUCAGUGCCUUGGCCAAGGUAUCUGACGGCUACAGCCAAGGCAGCCUGGUGCAAGCGGUGCAGGCCGUGCUGAGCGAGAGACGCCUCCUGCAGCUGCCCAAGCGGCCACUGGCUGCUGGCGAGUUUGUGCAGAUGCUGGCGAGGGCAGAGCCCAUCUACCCGGAGGAGGAGGAGAUGCUGCAGAGCUGGUACACCAAGACUCCCCUGGGCAAGAAGAAGAUGCUGCUGGAGGAGGAGAAGAGGAAGGCGGCAGAGGCCAAAGCAAAAGACAAGAAGAAGAAGAAGAAAUAG